UCAAGGAGCAAAGAUAGAAGAUAUUAAACUAACCAUGAAGACAAACAUCAUCAAUACGUGGCACUCCUUUGUAAAUAUUCCCAAUGUAAUUGUACCAGCUAUUGAAAAGGAAAUCCGACGGAUGGAAAACGGAGCCUGCAGCUCAUUUUCUGAUGAUGAUCAUGGCUCUCUGUCUGAAGAAUCAGAGAAUGAGGACUCUCUCUUUAGAAGCCACUCAUACAGAAGGCGAGGACCAUCACAGAGGGAGCAGCACUUGCCAGGUACUAUGGCUCUUUUCAAUGUUAACAACAGCAGCAACAAAGACCAAGAGCCAAAGGAGAAAAAGAAAAAGAAAAAGGAAAAGAAGAGCAAGGCUGAUGAUAAAAAGGACCCAGAGAAGAAAAAGAAGAAGGAAAAGGAAAAAGAGAAGAAAAAGGAGGAGAAAACCAAAGAUAAGAAAGAAGAGGAGAAGAAAGAAGUUGUUGUUAUUGAUCCUUCAGGAAACAUAUACUACAACUGGCUGUUUUGUAUCACCUUACCUGUGAUGUACAACUGGACGAUGAUUAUUGCAAGAGCAUGUUUUGAUGAACUCCAGUCUGAUUACCUAGAAUACUGGCUCAUUUUUGAUUAUGUGUCAGAUGUAGUCUAUCUUGCCGAUAUGUUUGUACGAACAAGGACAGGUUACCUGGAACAAGGGUUGCUAGUGAAAGACAAACUGAAACUCAUAGGGAAAUACAAAGCAAACCUGCAGUUUAAACUUGACGUUCUAUCAGUGGUCCCGACUGAUCUGCUGUAUUUUAAGUUUGGAUGGAACUAUCCAGAAAUCAGGUUAAACCGGCUGUUAAGAAUCUCUCGAAUGUUUGAGUUCUUCCAGAGGACGGAAACAAGGACCAACUACCCGAACAUCUUUAGGAUCUCAAACCUUGUGAUGUACAUUGUCAUCAUCAUCCACUGGAAUGCUUGCGUGUACUAUUCCAUCUCAAAAGCCAUUGGAUUUGGGAAUGACACAUGGGUCUACCCUGAUGUUAAUGAUCCUGAGUUCGGCCGUUUGGCUAGAAAAUAUGUCUACAGCCUUUAUUGGUCUACGUUGACUUUGACAACCAUCGGUGAAACUCCACCUCCCGUGCUGGAUUCUGAGUACAUCUUUGUGGUGGUAGACUUCUUAAUUGGAGUUUUAAUUUUUGCCACCAUUGUCGGUAACAUAGGUUCCAUGAUUUCCAAUAUGAAUGCAGCCCGGGCAGAAUUUCAAUCAAGAGUUGAUGCUAUCAAACAGUACAUGAAUUUUCGAAAUGUAAGCAAAGAUAUGGAAAAGAGGGUAAUUAAAUGGUUUGACUACCUGUGGACCAACAAAAAAACAGUUGAUGAGAGAGAAGUCCUGAGAUACCUCCCUGACAAACUAAGGGCAGAAAUUGCCAUCAACGUUCAUCUAGACACGUUAAAAAAGGUUCGCAUCUUUGCUGACUGUGAAGCUGGUCUGUUGGUGGAGUUGGUGUUGAAACUACAACCCCAGGUGUAUAGUCCUGGAGAUUAUAUAUGCAAGAAAGGGGACAUUGGGCGGGAGAUGUACAUCAUCAAGGAAGGCAAACUUGCUGUGGUGGCAGAUGACGGAAUCACACAGUUUGUGGUGUUGAGUGACGGCAGCUACUUUGGUGAGAUCAGCAUUCUUAAUAUCAAAGGCAGCAAGGCUGGCAACCGAAGAACAGCCAAUAUUAAGAGCAUUGGGUACUCAGACUUGUUCUGCCUCUCCAAAGACGAUCUCAUGGAAGCUCUUACGGAGUACCCAGACGCCAAAACUAUGCUGGAGGAGAAAGGGAGGCAAAUCUUAAUGAAAGAUGGUCUACUGGACAUAAACAUUGCGAAUUUGGGCAGUGACCCUAAAGACCUGGAAGAGAAGGUCACUCGGAUGGAGGGGUCAGUGGACCUCCUGCAAACACGAUUUGCCCGCAUCUUGGCUGAAUAUGAGUCGAUGCAGCAGAAACUCAAGCAAAGAUUAACCAAGGUCGAGAAAUUUCUGAAACCGCUUAUUGAAACAGAAUUUUCAGCUCUUGAGGAACCCGGAGGAGAGAGUGAGCCCACAGAGUCUCUCCAGGACUGAAAAGCCGGUCGAUAGCAAUAACCACGCACAAACUGUGUGAUCCUUCUGAGCAUUUGGCCAGAGACAACUGAGAAUUGGGAGAAGAGUCAUCUGGGAAAUUUCUCUACAGUGAAAACGUGUGUGGGUAGAUGACACACACAUCUGUUGCACAAGACUGAAACCUGGGAUUUUUCACAGUGGACACCAGACAAGGACGUGAACUGGUGCACGUUUUUUGUUCAGGAUCUGUUUUUUGUUUCCCACGGAUGCUCCUUUUAUGUAAUAAUCUGUAAGAGUGAAGGAGUACCUCUCAUUUUCAGGCCACCUGCACCGUUGAGGAGUCAAAUGUAUCCAGUGUAACUGUGUACAUUGUGUUUGAGAUACAGUUAUCCGAAGUAGAAUGCAAUAAAGUGAAACUGAUUA